UAGAUUAAAGGAAGUAGUUUCAGGCUAACAACUGAAACUAGGGGUCGUCGGAGAUGGCGAGCAUUCCGGAGGUGCCCUUGAACUCGGGCUCCCGGCCUAUCCCCCUCGUGGGCAUGGGCACGGCGACCUACCCCUUUGCAACCGAGAACACGAAGCAGGCCAUCCUCCACGCCCUCGAACUCGGCUACCGCCACUUCGACACUGCCUCCGUCUACCGAUCGGAGCAGCCUCUCGGAGAAGCCAUUGCCGAAGCCUUGCAGCGUGGCCUCGUCAAGUCGCGAGCCGAGCUCUUCAUCACCUCCAAGCUAUGGUGCAGCGAUGCACACCGUGAACACGUCCUCCCGGCCCUUCACAGGAGCCUCCAAAAUCUCCAACUAGAUUACCUGGAUCUCUAUCUCAUCCAUUUCCCUAUGAGCUUCAAGCCUGGGUUGUUAACAGUACCUGUGAAUGAGGAAGACAUCCUUCCCUUCGAUUUGAAAUCUGUAUGGGAGGCCAUGGAAGAGUGCCAAAAGCUUGGUCUAGUGAGGUCGAUUGGAGUUAGCAAUUUCACAAGAAGGAAAUUAGAGGAGCUGCUCAGGUUUGCUCUAAUACCUCCAGCCGUGAACCAGGUGGAGAUGAACCCAGUUUGGCAGCAGAAGAAGCUAAGGGAAUUUUGCAAGGAGAAGGGUAUACAUGUGACUGCUUACUCUCCUAUAGGAGGCCAAGACAGCCAAGGGAGUAGGAACCUGGUAAUGGCUUCUGAGGUGCUCAAGGAGAUAGCCAAGGCUAGAGGAAAGACUGUGGCACAGGUUUCCCUGAGAUGGGUAUACGAGCAAGGGGUGAGCAUGGUAGUGAAAAGCUUUAACAAGGAAAGGCUGGAGGAGAACAUCAAAUUCUUUGAUUGGAAACUAAGUGAGGAACAAUGUCAAAAGAUUUGUCAAAUUCCACAAUGCAAGAAAAUUUCAGUGCAGGCUCUAGUCUCUUUCAAAGAGUCCAGCAAGUCUCACGACCUUUCAGAUGUGGACAUCAUUGAGGAGGAAUAGAACAAAGGUUCUGCAGUAUUCCAGACCAAUAAGAUUGCAUCCUAAGAAUGUUCAAACAAUUUCAUCUAUUAAAGCUUCAGAUUAUAAUUUCACUCAUUGUCAAAUAUC